CGCUGUUUCCUUGGGACUUGUUAAAGUGUGGCACCCAACCCGGAAGUGGUUGGAAAAGUCAACGCUGAAUGAAUGGAUCCUCUUACGAAGGGUCUUUCGACAAAAAUGACGUGAGGUGCUUAAUAAAUUGUAAAAAAAUAUCCGCCAGGAUUGUCUUGCGGGUACGAUGGCAACCAGGAUGAGGCUGAAGCUGAAAACGGUGUUUGUGCUCUACUUCCUGGUCUCUUUUCUUGGCUUGAUCUAUGCACUGAUGCAACUUGGGCAACGGUGUGAUUGCAUGGAGCACGAUAUGCCCAAGGACCGAACCAUAUCUCGAUUGCGGGGGGAGCUGCACCGUCUUCAGGAGCAAACGAGGAGGUCGGAGGCCACCAAGCAGCCCCGAAAAGAGUCCUCGCUGCCCACCAUCUUUGUCAUCACACCGACAUACGCCAGGCUGGUUCAAAAGGCUGAGCUGACACGCUUGUCCCAGACCUUCCUCCACGUGCCUCAGCUCCACUGGAUCGUCGUGGAGGACUCCCAGCACAAGACGCAGCUGGUGGGACAACUCUUGGCCAAAUCCGGGUUGUCCUACACGCACCUCCACGUGGCCACGGCCAAGGAGCGCAAGUUGCAGGAGGGGGAUCCCAACUGGCUCAAGCCUCGCGGUGUGGAGCAGAGGAACGAGGCCCUGCGCUGGCUGCGGGAGGACAGAAGGGCUCAGACGGACGCACGUGGCCAGCAGGGGGUUGUCUACUUUGCUGAUGACGAUAACACGUACAGUCUGCAGGUUUUUGAAGAGAUGAGGAGCACCCAGCAAGUUUCCGUGUGGCCCGUUGGACUUGUCGGAGGCAUGAAGUACGAGAAGCCUGUCGUGGAAGGAGGAAAGGUGGUGCGCUUUCACGUUGGCUGGCGUCCGAGCCGUCCCUUCCCGAUGGACAUGGCCGGCUUCGCCGUAUCCCUCAAGCUGCUUCUGUCCAACCCGGACGCUCGCUUUGACGGCAACGCACCAAUGGGCUUCCUGGAGAGCAGUCUCCUGCAGGGCCUCGUCACCCUGGACCAACUGGAGCCCAGAGCGGACAACUGUACCAAAGUGCUGGUGUGGCACACACGCACGGAGAAGCCUAAGAUGAAGCGUGAAGAUGCUCUGCAGGCUCAGGGUUUGGGAUCCGAUGCGGCCGUGGAGGUCUGACAAGACUCGCGUGCGCACACACACACACACAAUGGUGGAUCUCCAAUUAAAAAGUCAUGCAUGUCUUUGUUUUUUUUGCAUGAUCACCACACCAGAAGUCAAACCAUUUUUUUCACUCAACUAAAAUCCAGUGGAAUCCACUAAUAACAAUACAAACUCAUAUAAAGGUCCAGUAAGAAACAUGAAGACUCCCCUUGAGCGUUAGUUCGAGAACAGUGCGAGAAUCACAACUGAUGGGGAUGAGUGAUGGCUGUGUGUAUACAAUGUUAUUUAUUUAUUGCUGUAAUAUUUGCUCCCUACAUGCUCUCUCGUGUCACUGACAAAUAAAAUAGGUCAAAUA